AUGCAUCUGGGCCACGGCAACCAGUCCUUCACCACCGAGUUUGUCUUCCGCCCCUUUUCGUCCGUGCCUACGACACAGCAGCUCCUCUUCGUGCUCUUCCUCCUGCUCUACCUGACCAUCAUCAUCAGCAACGCCUCCAUCCUCUGGGUGGUCUGCACCGACCACACCCUCCACUCCCCCAUGUACUGCUUUCUGGGCAGCCUCUCGGGGCUGGAGGUGUGCUACACCACUGUGGUAGUGCCCCAGAUGCUGGUCAGUGUCUGGGAUGCCCACACCACCAUCCCUGUGGCCAGCUGCGGGGCCCAGAUGUUCUUCUUUGUGGCACUCGGCAGUGCUGACUGCUUCCUGCUGGCAGUCAUGGCCUACGACCGGUACGUGGCCAUCCGGCACCCGCUGCGCUACGCCCUCAUCAUGACACGACAGCUCUGCCGGCGGCUGGUGGUCGCCUCACUGUUCCUCGGGGGGCUGCUCUCACUGGAGCUGACGGCCCUGGUCUUUGCCCUGCCCUUCUGCAGUCGCCGGAUCAACCACUUCCUGUGCGAUGUGCCGCCCGUGCUGCGUCUGGCCUGCGGCGACACGCGCCUCCAUCAGACUGUGCUGUUCAGCGUGGGCGUGGCUGUGCUGGCCAUCCCCUUCCUCCUGAUUUGCCUCUCCUACGCCCUCAUCACGGCUGCCGUGCUGCGCAUCCGCUCGGCCGAGGGCCGGCGCCGCGCCUUCCACACCUGCUCCUCCCACCUGACGGUGGUGCUGCUGCAGUACGGCUGCUGCGGCCUGGUCUACCUGCGCCCCAAGGCCGACUCAACAGAGGACGAGGACCGACAGGUCGCUCUGAUCUACACCUUUGUCACGCCACUGCUCAACCCCCUCAUCUACAGCCUGAGGAACAAGGACGUCAAGCAGGCCCUGAGCAGAGCCGUGAGGCGGGCAUUGGCAUCCCAUCCUCAGUGA